ACAGAGAAGCGGGCAGCGCUCGGCCGCCGCCGAGAGACGGUUACUCCAUUUUACCCCCCCCUCACCGGAGCCGACCAUCCCUCGUAUCCGCCCAGGCCCAGCCGCCCCUCACCCCCUCCACUGCCCGAGCUGAGCAGCCGCCGCCCCCGCCGGGAGGAGGAGGAGGGGCCCGGGGACCCCCCCACCCCGCCCGGAGCAGCCGCCGGGGCCGGGGCGCCCUCCCACAGCCCGACACCGCCAGGGACCGUCCCUCUCGAGUAGCCGCCAGAGCCAGGGCGGGAGCAGCCGCCGCCGACCCCGCCAGUGGCGAGAGGAGGGGCCCGAGGGCCACCCCCGCGUGAGGAGAAGGGGCCCGGACAGCCACCGGCGGGGCGCGAUCCCCCUGGGCACAGGGGCGGCUUUGAGCAGGUUUUGUAGUGCUUCCCUGAGCAUGAGUUCAGAAUGAAGCGGCGAUUGGAUGAGCAGGAGUCACCGGUGUACGCGUCACAGCAGAGACGUAUCACCAGCAGCACAGAAGCUUUCCAACACCAGCACCGUAUGCUUGCUCCAGCACCUCCUGUAUAUGAGGCGGUUUCGGAGACCAUGCAGUCUGCCACUGGAAUUCAGUACUCUGUAACUCCCAGCUACCAGGUGUCGGCUGUGCCACAGAGCUCAGGCAGUCAUGGCCCUGCUAUAGCGACCGUCCAUAGUGGACAUCAUCACACUACACCAGUGCAGCCUCAUGGAAGCCAGGUGGUGCAGAGUCAUGCUCACCCGACCCCUCCAGCAGCACCAGUGCAGGGGCAGCAGCAGUUCCAGAGGCUUAAGGUGGAGGAUGCGCUGUCCUAUCUUGACCAGGUGAAGCUGCAGUUUGGUAGUCAGCCUCAGGUCUACAAUGAUUUCCUGGACAUAAUGAAGGAAUUUAAGUCUCAAAGUAUUGACACUCCAGGGGUGAUCAGCCGCGUGUCUCAGCUCUUCAAAGGUCACCCUGACUUGAUCAUGGGCUUCAAUACCUUCUUGCCACCUGGCUACAAAAUUGAGGUGCAGACUAACGAUAUGGUGAAUGUGACAACACCAGGGCAGGUUCACCAGAUCCCCACACAUGGCCUCCAGCCGCAGCCACAGCCGCAGCCUCAGCAUCAAUCCCAGCCUUCAGCACAGUCAACCCCAACCCCAGCACAGCCUGCACCACAGCCACCACCUGCCAAAAUAAGCAAGCCAUCACAAUUGCAGGCACAUACGCCAGCCAGCCAGCAGACUCCCCCAAUUCCUCCAUAUGCAUCACCGCGCUCUCCACCUGUGCAGCCUCAUACACCUGUGACAAUCUCUCUUGGAACCACACCAUCCCUGCAGAACAAUCAGCCGGUUGAGUUUAAUCAUGCCAUCAACUAUGUCAACAAGAUCAAGAAUCGGUUCCAGGGACAACCAGACAUCUAUAAGGCCUUCCUGGAGAUCCUCCACACGUAUCAGAAAGAGCAGCGGAAUGCCAAGGAGGCAGGUGGUAACUACACACCAGCUUUGACAGAGCAGGAGGUGUAUGCACAGGUCGCGCGCCUCUUCAAGAACCAGGAGGAUUUACUCUCUGAGUUUGGGCAGUUCCUGCCAGAUGCUAACAGCUCUGUGCUGUUAAGCAAGACAACUGCAGAGAAAGUGGAGUCGGUAAGAAAUGACCAUGGUGGAACAAUCAAGAAACCCCAGCUCAACAACAAGCAACAAAGACCCAACCAAAAUGGCUGUCAAAUCAGACGGCACUCAGGAACUGGAGCAACCCCACCAGUGAAGAAGAAACCAAAGCUGCUUGGUUUAAAGGACCAGUCAUUGGCAGAAGCCAGCAAACAUGGGGUGGGGACAGAAUCUCUGUUCUUUGAGAAGGUCCGCAAGGCUCUGCGUAGCACGGAGGCGUAUGAAAAUUUUCUUCGCUGCCUGGUUAUUUUUAAUCAGGAGGUGAUCUCCCGGGCUGAGCUUGUGCAGCUAGUUUCUCCAUUCUUGGGGAAAUUCCCAGAACUGUUCACUUGGUUUAAAAACUUUCUGGGUUACAAAGAGUCUGUUCACAUGGAGACAUUUCCAAAAGAACGGGCUACAGAGGGGAUUGCCAUGGAGAUAGACUAUGCCUCUUGUAAGAGACUGGGCUCCAGCUACCGAGCCUUGCCCAAGAGUUACCAGCAGCCCAAGUGCACCGGGCGGACUCCGCUAUGUAAAGAGGUUUUGAAUGAUACUUGGGUCUCCUUCCCUUCCUGGUCUGAGGAUUCUACCUUUGUUAGCUCCAAGAAGACACAAUACGAAGAACACAUCUACAGAUGUGAGGACGAGCGUUUUGAGCUGGAUGUUGUCUUAGAGACCAACCUGGCAACAAUCAGAGUCUUAGAGGCAAUCCAAAAGAAACUCUCCCGCUUGUCUGCUGAGGAGCAAGCCAAAUUCCGGCUGGACAACACUCUGGGUGGCACGUCGGAGGUGAUCCACCGCAAGGCGCUGCAGAGGAUAUAUGCUGACAAAGCGGCCGACAUCAUAGACGGGCUGAGGAAAAACCCAUCUGUUGCAGUUCCUAUUGUGCUGAAAAGAUUAAAAAUGAAAGAGGAAGAGUGGCGAGAAGCCCAGAGAGGAUUCAACAAGGUCUGGAGGGAGCAGAAUGAGAAAUAUUACCUGAAAUCCCUGGAUCACCAGGGCAUCAACUUCAAACAGAAUGACACCAAGGUCCUGAGGUCAAAGAGCCUCCUCAAUGAGAUUGAGAGCAUCUAUGAUGAGAGGCAAGAGCAGGCAUCAGAAGAUAAUGCUGGAGUACCCAUAGGCCCACACUUGUCACUAGCCUAUGAGGACAAGCAAAUCCUGGAGGAUGCUGCUUCUCUUAUCAUCCACCAUGUGAAACGGCAGACAGGAAUUCAGAAAGAGGACAAGUACAAAAUCAAGCAGAUCAUGUACCACUUCAUUCCGGACCUGCUGUUUGCUCAGCGGGGCGAGCUCUCAGACGUGGAAGAGGAAGAAGAGGAGGAAAUGGAUGUGGAUGAAACCACCGGGGCUGCGAAAAAGCACAAUGGAGUUGGGGGCAGCCCCCCUAAAGCCAAGCUGCUGUUCAGCAACACAGCGGCCCAGAAGCUACGGGGGGUGGACGAAGUGUACAACCUCUUCUAUGUCAACAACAACUGGUACAUCUUCAUGCGGCUUCACCAGAUCCUAUGCUUGCGGCUGCUGAGGAUUUGCACCCAGGCCGAGCGGCAAAUCGAAGAGGAGAACCGAGAAAGGGAAUGGGAGCGGGAAGUGCUUGGCAUAAAACGAGACAAGAGUGACAGCCCAGCAAUUCAGCUGCGACUGAAAGAGCCCAUGGAUAUUGAUGUGGAGGAUUACUACCCAGCUUUCCUGGAUAUGGUGCGGAACCUGCUAGAUGGCAACAUGGAUUCGUCCCAGUAUGAGGACUCCCUGCGUGAGAUGUUCACCAUUCAUGCCUACAUCGCCUUUACCAUGGACAAGCUGAUCCAGAGCAUUGUUAGACAGCUUCAGCACAUAGUGAGCGAUGAGAUCUGCGUACAGGUGACAGAGCUUUACCUGUCGGAGAAUAGCAACGGAGCUACCGGAGGCCUGCUGUCCUCACAGUCAUCUCGGGCCCUUGUGGAGGCCAAGUACCAGCGCAAAGCCGAGCAGCCCAUGUCAGACGAGAACUGUUUCAAGCUGAUGUUCAUUCAGAGCAGAGGCCAGGUCCAAUUAACCAUCGAGCUGCUGGACACCGAAGAGGAGAACUCGGAUGACCCCGUAGAGGCAGAGCGUUGGUCAGACUACGUAGAGCGGUACGUCAACUCUGAUUCUACCUCUCCCGAACUUCGGGAACACCUGGCCCAGAAGCCGGUUUUCCUGCCAAGGUGAGUGAACAAGCUGUGGCUGUGAAA